AUGUUGACAGUUGUGUACAAAUGUUUUGUAUUACUGAUUGCAAUAUCAACGCGUGCUGUGAGUUUAAGUGAAGAUACAAAAGGAAUUGAAACCACUGACGUGCCAAAACCACUAAUAGACUCAAAUAUUUACUACAUCAGUGUAGUUGAUGAUCAGGAAGCCAGAUCAAGUCGAAAGAAUGUCUCAGCGUCUAAUGUGACAGCUUCAAAACUUAAGAAUAAAAAGCGAAAGAAUUCGUCGUUCAAUGAAGCAAUUCGAAUUGCUUCACUUCAAGGUUUCAAUGCAAUGAUCGAUCUAUACGAGCGAAAGGAACCUGAAAUCCUAAGAAAAGGAGAAUUUCUUGACAUGAACCAUCCAGCAACAAAAUUAAGUCUUUUCAGCGCCCCAAUGACAAAUGACUCUGACUUGGAGGUCAAAGGAGCAUACGCGAGUCUUUAUACUGCGAAAAAAUUGCAGGAAAGACCAUUAACACAAUAA